AUGGAGCUGUCGGCCAUCGGCGAGCAGGUGUUCGCCGUGGAGAGCAUCCGCAAGAAGCGCGUGCGGAAGGGUAAAGUAGAAUACCUGGUGAAGUGGAAAGGAUGGCCCCCAAAAUACAGCACAUGGGAGCCAGAGGAUCAUAUCUUGGACCCUCGCCUGGUAGUGGCUUAUGAAGAAAAGGAAGAGAGAGACCGUGCAUCAGGGUACAGGAAAAGAGGCCCCAAACCAAAGCGCCUCCUGCUGCAGCGGCUGUAUGGCAUGGACUUGAGGAGUGCUCACAAGGGAAAGGAGAAGCUCUGCUUCUCUCUUGCACGGAGGUUUGGAGGAGGAGACAGUAGCCUACCAGGGGCCAAGACAGGGCAGGCAGAGUUCCCUGAGAAGACUGGGGGUACAGUCCUGCCAUUCUCUCUCCGGAAGCAACGCAAAAACCAGAAGUACCUACGACUGUCAAGGAAGAAGUUCCCGCGCAUGGCGAGUCUGGAGAACCGGAACUGCAGGCAUGAGUUCUUUCUGAAUGAUGCAGUGGGCCUAGAGGCCAGGCAGAGCCCUGAGGACUGGGAGGCCACGCAGCACACCAGCAAAGAAGCAGAUGUGGAUGCCAGUCUCCCUUGGAUCCCCACUGUGCCCCCCAGCGAAGUGACAGUGACAGACAUCACAGCAAACUCCAUUACCGUCACUUUCAGAGAAGCACAAGUGGCUGAGGGCUUCUUUCGAGACCGGAGUGCACAGUUCUGA